GUACUAUUCACCAGUAAUUUAGAUGAUUCGGAAUUGUGUUUCACUCGAUCAGAAGGAUUGGGUCACACGUCUUCCUGGAAUUGAGUACGCCAAUAAUAUGGCUCGCUCAGAUAGUACCGGAUACUCACCAUUUUUCCUGAAUACGGGGCGCACCCCAAGGUCUAUGCUAUGGGAUUCUCCAACUGACAAGACGAUAGUGUCCUUGCUUCGCGGGUGAAACAGACACGAGAUGCAAACAAACAUCGUCGUGAGGCACCAUUCACUAAGGAUGAUCUGGUUUAUAUAUCGACUCAGAAUAUCACCUUACCAAAGGGGCUGGCUCGAAAGCUUGCACCAAAGUUUGUAGGAUCUUACAAAAUUGUGAAGGACUUCGGAAAUAAUUCAUAUCAGGUGGAACUACCAUCCG